GAAGACGAAGUCUCUGGGAAACAAGUUUGAUGUUUGACCAUCUCUCAAGUCUCAUCCCCUUUCCACCCUUCAUCAUCAUCCUCCAUCCCCAAUUGCAAAACCCUUCUCAUAAAUCAAUCACCCAUCCCUUUCCCUUUCAUUUUCAUUUUCAUUUUCAUUUUCAUUUUAAGCCUCAGAUCUAGGGAUGGGAAACUGCUGCGCCACGCCCGCCACCGACGAGACCAAGAACAGGAAGAAGGGGAAGAAGGAGAACCCCUUCGCCAUCGACUACGGCCUCGCCAACAACGCCGCCUCCAACGGGGCCAAGCUCACCGUCCUCAACUCUCCCACGGGCCGGGAGAUCGGGGCCCGCUACGAGCUGGGCCGCGAGCUGGGCCGGGGGGAGUUCGGCGUCACCUACCUCUGCACGGACAAGGAGAGCGGGGAGGAGCUGGCCUGCAAGUCCAUUUCCAAGAAGAAGCUGAGGACGGCGAUCGACAUCGAGGACGUCAGGAGGGAGGUGGAGAUCAUGCGCCACUUGCCGCACCACCCCAACAUCGUCACGCUCAGGGAUACUUACGAGGACGACAAUGCCGUUCAUCUUGUUAUGGAGCUUUGCGAGGGCGGAGAGCUCUUCGAUCGCAUCGUCGCCCGCGGCCACUACACCGAACGCGCCGCCGCCGUCGUCACCCGGACCAUUGUUCAAGUCGUUCAGAUGUGCCACAAGCAUGGUGUGAUGCAUCGGGAUCUCAAGCCGGAGAACUUUCUGUUCGCGAAUAAGAAGGAAACCGCGGCUUUGAAGGCUAUAGAUUUUGGCUUGUCUGUCUUCUUUAAACCAGGGGAAAGAUUUAAUGAGAUAGUUGGAAGUCCAUAUUACAUGGCUCCAGAGGUAUUGAAGCGGAAUUAUGGGCCAGAAGUGGAUAUCUGGAGUGCUGGAGUAAUUCUAUACAUCUUACUCUGUGGUGUUCCACCAUUCUGGGCAGAAACUGAGCAAGGAGUUGCACAAGCAAUCAUACGGUCUGUUGUUGAUUUCAAAAGGGAUCCAUGGCCAAAAGUUUCUGAUAAUGCUAAAGACCUUGUGAAGAAGAUGCUAGAUCCCGACCCAAGGCGGCGGCUUACUGCACAGGAAGUGUUAGAUCAUCCAUGGUUACAAAAUGCAAAGAAAGCUCCUAAUGUUUCCUUGGGAGAAACUGUUAGAGCAAGGCUCAAGCAAUUUUCUGUGAUGAACAAGCUUAAGAAAAGAGCUUUGAGGGUGAUUGCAGAGCAUUUGACAGUGGAAGAAGCUGCCGGGCUAAAAGAGGGAUUCCAGCUUAUGGAUACAAGCAACAGAGGCAAGAUUAACAUUGAUGAACUACGGGCAGGGUUGCAUAAAUUAGGCCAUCAAGUUCCUGAUGCAGAUCUCCAAAUUCUUAUGGAAGCUGGUGAUGUAGACAGGGAUGGGCACCUAGAUUAUGGAGAGUUUGUAGCCAUUUCUGUUCAUCUGAGAAAGAUGGGAAAUGAUGAUCAUCUUCGCAAAGCCUUCCAAUUUUUUGAUAAGAACCAAAGUGGGUAUAUUGAGAUUGAGGAACUGCGUGAUGCCUUAUGUGAUGAGGUUGAAACAAACAGUGAAGAAGUUAUCAAUGCAAUUAUGCAUGAUGUGGACACAGACAAGGAUGGAAUGAUAAGUUACGAGGAAUUUGCUACGAUGAUGAAGGCCGGCACAGAUUGGAGAAAGGCAUCAAGGCAGUACUCGCGAGAGAGGUUUGCAAGCCUCAGCCUGACGUUGAUGAGGGACGGGUCAUUGCAUGUAAACAGUGAAAACAAUGACGCUAGAUGACUACUUUAGAAAUGCCAAUUUUUACUUUGAAAAGGAAAAUAUGAUAAAAAAAAGUCUUUUAUUUUUUAUUUAAUUUUAACUUCAUUGUAAUUCUUUUCUCUAAUUCCCCAUUUUCGGGUGAAAAAGAAAAAAUAGGAUAUUGGCCCCAGCAGUGUUGUAUGUGAUUUGAAGUUUGUCUUUUUCUUUUGGUUUGUUGAGGUUGUGGUAGGAGACAGGAGAAGAGGUGAGGGGGGACUGGACAUUGGACAAGUUUUCAUUUGUGGCUGUAAAUAUUUUUAAUUAUCAUGCUUUAUAUGUAAACUGCCAUUUUUACGCAAACC